AUGAGGAAUACAGAGGUUUUUAAUGUAUUUGAUGAAAGGAAAAAUGGUGUCAUCGAAUUUGAUGAAUUUGUCCAUGCACUCAACGUCUUCCAUCCUUAUGCUCCCACAGAAGACAAAAUAGACUUCGCUUUUAGGCUUUACGAUCUGAGGCAAACUAGGUUUAUUGAGCGAGAAGAAAUGAUUGCAAUUAUGAUGGAAUCCGACGUGAAGCUAACUGAUGAACUUGUUGAGGCUAUUAUCGACAAGGUGCAAUGUGGUGAUGUGGAACUUGAAAAGAAAAUUGAUGAGAAGAUUGGCCAGUUCAUCAAUAGAGUGGAGAAACACUCAAGCAAGAAAAUUGAUGAGAAAAUUGGCCAGUUCUGGAUUGUAUUUUUUUCAUAA